CUCCUAACUCCUUUCUCUUUCUCUGUUUCAGCUACUUGCAGCAAAAUUGCAAAGUGUUCGAUAGAAACCUCUCUCUCUCUCUCUCUCUCUCUCUCUCUCUCUCUCUCUACUCUACUCUAUUUCUUGAUUGACAAAAUAAAAGAAGACCAAGAAUUUUAUUUCCUCUCUCUCUCAUUUAUCCUUUUUUUUUUUGUUUUUAUCUUCACAAUUUGAUCUGUUUCUGCUUCAACUUUCCAAAUUUCCAUUGAUAAAGUUCAAACCUUUAUGAUCUUUUAGUCUGUAAUCUCAAAAGGGUUUUGUUUGUUUCUCCUUCAAAAAAAUCAUGGGGCUUUGCUUAAGUGCUCAGAUUAAAGCUGUGAGUCCAGGUAAGCAAGGUUUUCUGGUGGUUGGAGGAGGAUAAGAGGACUUAACUUAAAAGUUAGGCUUAGUGUUUUGACAAAUCUGUCAAAGGUGCAAGUCCGAAGUAUAUGAGUUCAGAGGCUAAUGAUUCUCAAAGUAUGGGAAGCAAAGGCUCUUCUGUGUCUAUCAGAACAAAUCCAAGAACCGAAGGAGAGAUCUUGCAAUCUCCUAACCUCAAAAGUUUCACUUUUGCUGAGCUUAAAGCAGCAACUAGGAAUUUCAGACCAGAUAGUGUUCUUGGUGAAGGUGGUUUUGGUUCUGUCUUUAAAGGUUGGAUUGAUGAACAGACUCUCUCUGCUUCUAAACCGGGAACCGGUGUGGUUAUUGCUGUCAAAAAACUUAACCAAGAUGGUUGGCAAGGUCACCAAGAAUGGCUGGCGGAAGUGAAUUACUUGGGGCAGUUUUCGCAUCCUAAUCUUGUGAAACUCAUUGGUUACUCCUUAGAGGAUGAGCAUCGUCUUCUUGUUUAUGAGUUCAUGCCUCGUGGAAGCUUAGAGAAUCAUUUAUUCAGAAGAGGCUCUUACUUCCAACCGUUAUCUUGGACUCUACGGUUGAAAGUUGCACUUGGUGCUGCGAAAGGCCUUGCUUUUCUCCACAAUGCCGAGACUAGUGUCAUCUACCGCGAUUUCAAAACUUCCAAUAUACUUCUUGAUUCGGAGUACAAUGCCAAGCUUUCUGAUUUCGGGUUGGCUAAAGAUGGACCUACUGGUGAUAAAAGCCAUGUCUCUACAAGGAUCAUGGGUACUUACGGAUACGCAGCUCCUGAAUACCUUGCGACUGGUCAUUUAACAACCAAAAGUGAUGUCUAUAGCUAUGGUGUCGUGCUUUUGGAGGUGUUGUCUGGACGGAGAGUUGUGGACAAGAACCGUCCACCAGGAGAGCAAAAGCUGGUGGAAUGGGCAAGACCGUUACUUGCUAACAAGAGGAAGUUAUUCCGAGUUAUCGACAACCGUUUACAAGAUCAAUACUCAAUGGAAGAAGCUUGUAAAGUAGCUACCCUGGUGCUCAGAUGCCUGACGUACGAGAUAAAGCUGAGGCCGAACAUGAACGAGGUUGUUUCUCACCUAGAACACAUCCAAACUUUGAAUGAAGCAGGAGGAAAAAACAUCGAUAAGGUCGAGAGAAGAAUGCGUAGGAGAAGCGAUAGUGUUGCUAUAAACCAAAAACCAAAUGCAGGUUUUGCUCGGCAAACCGCUGUGGGCGUCAUAGCUACUGCUUAUCCACGCCCAUCUGAUUCUCCUCUGUUUGUCUGAGUAAGAAAUGAUAAUGUUCUGCUUAGUUCAGAUGUACAGUUUUGCUUCUGCUUAUGUACCGAAAUGAUCCAGUUCAUGGCUCGCGAGAUUUGACAAUUGAUCUUUGUAGUGCGAGAAUUGACUUAACAUAAGUACUAA